UUAUUCAGAAAUCAGAUGUGAGAUGUCUAAAUAUUUCUUAUUUGAAUCGUGCUAAGCCAGUUUUUAAUAUCUAUAUAUUACAUUUCCUACUAGUUUUCAGACUGGAUUUAUAUGUUUUAGUCUUGACUUUCCAAAAAUGAAAGAUAAAUACUCCAGUCGGCAUAGUGUUAUUCCGUAUUUAAUUUUGUCGCACUGUGUAAUUUAUUAAAAAUUAAAGCAAGCCAGCUAGCGAUUCAAAACAGUGCAUAUUUCUACGUGCUCAAUUUUGUUUUACAGUGAUAAGCAAGAAAUGUCUGAUUCAAAAGAAGAUGAUUUUGCUGAAGACCUUCUUCAACCAAAUAUUGAAAUGGAAAUCAAAAAAGAAAUUAAUAUUCAGAUAAAGCUUGAAGAAGAUGUCAAUGAAGCAAAUGAUAAUCCAUUUCAGAAUAUACAAGUUGAGGUAAAAGAAGAAAUAUCUAGUGAACAAGACAUUCAUAAAAGUAAUAAAGAGUUGGAAAUGGAGGGUCAGGAAAGAGAUAUAGAAGUUAAGGAAGAAUCAGAAGAUAUUGUUUCAUAUGAUUUUCCAAAUUUUGAUGAUAGUAUGGACAGUGAAGAAGCAACAGCUCUGGGUAAUGUUGAAACAUGCCUGCAAGAAGACAUGAAGGAGGAAUGUUAUCAUCAAUUUGAGAAUCCUGACAAUUACAGUGACAGCAUCAAAGAAGAACCUGAUGUAGCAGUUACAGAGACACAUCUUAUAUCAAACAAACUCAUCAGCACAACUUCAACUAUAACAAACCCACAUAUAGGCAUUAUACAGUCAGAAACUACUAAAACUCUUGUAAUGGAAAUUCAUCCAGUCAUGCCAGAAGAUUCUUACAAUAAAAUGGGUAAUCCUGAAGAAAUAUUACCAACAUCAUAUGAAAAUGAUGAUGUAGAUUAUUCAGAGCCUUUUCAAUUAAAUUCCAUUACUGGAAACAUACUCUCCUUAGAACAAGAAGCAUAUGGACUUCUUAAAGCAAAAAAACAAAAAGUGAAUUCAGAAAAAAAUUAUACAUGUGAAAAAUGUGAUAAAGCUUACGAUCGGCCUUAUGCUCUAAAAAAGCAUUUACAAGUUCACCAAACAAUUGAAAAUUACGAACGCGGCAAGAAAAUGCGAAUAAUAACAAGAAUUAAAAACUCUGAAGGUCAUGGGAAGAAAAAAAAAUCUUUGAAAAAAGUCAUAAAUUUAAAUGACAUUAAUAAAAUGAAAGCGCGUCAGGAAAGAGUUGACAAACGACGAAUGAAUCUAAUAACAGAAGAACAGAAGAUUCUACAACCAGACGAUGCUGACACAAAAAUAGUUGACGUCAAUAUAGAAACAAAGAAAGAAGGUUAUGAAUGUACUUGCGGACAAGUAUUUCAACGCCGAAGUAGAAUGGAAACGUGUUUCCGAUCUCAUGAUAUAGACGAUGAAGAGCGAUCAUUAUAUUCCUGUAUAUCGUGUUCCAAACAGUUCCAUGAUAAAGAAGAAUUGGCUUCGCAUAGAAGGAGACUACAUCGUAAACGGUUUCCAUGUAAAUUCUGCCCAACAGACUACCACACGCGAAAGGAACUGUUCAAACAUUUACGGAUACAUCAAAAAGUUCAACUCAUGGAAUAUAAAGUUAUAUCAGAAGUGAUGAAUGGUAAUCAAAAGUUAAGAUGUUUUAUGUGUGAACAAAGUUACUCGGAGCUCACAGAAUUGAAAAGCCACGUAAUGGAAGACCAUAAGGAGCCUUACAUAUGUCCUAAAUGCAAUGAAACAUUCCCGAAAAUAAUCGAUUUCGCUCAACAUACGAAAACUGAUCAUGCAGAGGUCGAAGGACAGUCGGUGUUAGAUGUUUUGGAAGCGUUUUCGAAGUUAGUCAAGGCUUGGAAGUGUGAGGAAUGUGAAGUUCAGUUUCACGAGGCCGAUAAGCUGGCGAAACAUCAAGUAGAAAUGCAUAGUCCUGAUUUAAAAGCGGAAAUUCGAUUCCAAUGUGACGAUUGCCGCCGUGUUUUUGUUAGUCAAAAAGGUCUAACUUCCCACAGACGAAUACACCAUAAUACGGGAAGUACUGAAGAGCCAGAGACUAUAGAUGGAGUAAUUUGUGUUGAAUGCAGAAAGAUUUGUAGAGACGAAGUCGCUUUGGCAUCUCAUAUGCGAUUACAUUCGCCGGAUAGAAAGUAUCCCUGCAAAUUCUGCGAUUUCCGCUUUGCCACACCGGAAAAACGAAAGAUUCAUGCCGAAUUACAUACCGGUGAUAUGAAAUAUGUCUGUUUUAUUUGCGAGUACCAGUGCACUUCAGAGAAUAGGUUGCGGUUGCAUAAAAUGUCCGAAAAGCACGGGAACAUGAAAGAAUAUCUCCUGUCUGGGCGGGCGAUGGCAGAGAGCCAGAAGAACGAUGAUGAAUCUGAUUCGUCAAACGACGACGGUAUCGUUUGUGAUGUCUGCGGUGAAAAAUUUACAAAUACAAAAGUAAUGUUGAAACACAAAGAAACACAUCCGUUUAUUGAGUUCCCUAAUGAUGAUACGCCUACUAGAAUAUUUUUUAAGUAGCACGAAAUGAAUACAGUCCACGGAACACUCUGAGUAAUUUUGUGCCUUGAUUGUGCAGCUACAAUACAAAUUAUAGAAAAUGAUAUGAAUAUUAAUCUGAUUACCUCAUUGGUAUCACAUCCUGACUAGAUAUAUAAGGUUUGAACUUUGUCCUAAAGCCACUGCCUUUAAUUUGAUUUAACAGAUACUAUUAUGUAUAAUUUUUUACACAGACAAGAUGUCAUGGCUGUAGGAAAUCAGUUGUGAGAAAAGACUUGAUGUUAUAUUUAAAAUGAAAUCCUGGCUCGGCAUUGGGCCUCUUGACCCAUCAGGGUGAUACUAAAAUCAGCCUUAUUCUUGUUUCAUGCUUGCAGUGUCUUUUUAACCCUUCCAUACUUAUUUAUGUAUUAUAAUUGAUUAAUAAACAAACUAUUUACUUAAAAUGAGAUGGUUCUAGACAAAUUGUUUUAAGUUAAAACACUAAGUUUAUACCAACUUAUUCAUAAAAAAACGAUUUGCACUUAUUACUAAAGUACUAAUUGGUUCAUUGUUUGUAUUUACGCUGACAAGUGACAGAUGAGUACUUUUGUCAAUUAAUUUAUGAAUAAGGAGGUUUAUAUGUAUGUUGUUAAUAUGUUUUGUUUUAUUUUUAAUAUUUAUAGUUCUUAAGUAAAGAGAAGCUAGUCUUAAUAAAUGAGUUGCCUUUUAUGUAGCAAUAUGAAAUUGGCUUGUACCUUGUUUGUAUAUGUUCAAAAUAUAAAAUUAUUCACAAUUGA